AUGUUCAGCCGAAACGUCAAUAAAUCACAGACCGAGAGCUUUUCGCGAAGCCGGCGAGGGACCAAGCCGUCAAAGUCGUCGUUUCGAGAGCAUGCCGUGUCGAAGAACCGCCACGAGCGGUCCCGCAAAGCUCCGGCCGAGGAAGCUCCUCCCAUGGGCAGUACCUUAACUUCAUCGAUAGUCACACUCGUUGUGGGUCAGGAGCAACGACUUUUCGCCGCACACGAAGACGUCCUCUGCAUAUCGCCCUUCUUCCAAGCCGCAUGCCGCGGACAAUUCAUGGAAGCGGCAGCCAAGCGAAUCACCCUUCCGGAUGAAGAGCCCGAGAUCUUCUCCUCGGUCCUCGAAUACCUCUACAAAGGCGACUAUUAUCCACGACUCGUACACAACAAGCGAAGAAACACAUGGGAGUUGGAGACGGGCGAAGGAGGCGCAGGAAGCGUGGAGAGCACAGUGUAUCAUCACGGCGUUGAUGGCGAGCUGUUGAAGGAUACAGUUAUCUAUUGCACGGCGGAGAAAUACGGGUUGGAUGAGCUGAAGCGUGUUGCGUUGCGGAAGCAGGGUUUGCAAUCCGGCAUCCAAUGCAGUACAAUCCUCACCUCCGCUCGCUACGCCUACGCCAACACACCAGACACCGACUCGAAGCUCCGAGCCCACUACCUCGCGCUCAUCAUCCGCAGCCGCGGCACCUUCAAGCGCAGCGGCACCAUGCAGAUGGAGAUGAUGGCCGGAGGCUCGCAGCUGUUCUUUGACCUCUUCGUCGCGCUGUGCAAUCAUGUUGAUGAUGUGGCUAGUAUUGCGUAA